AUUUAUCUUUAGUUUGUGUAAAGACGCGAAGUAUAAAGGAACCUCUGAGUGUCUGAGUUCUGAGUGUAUUUUUGUACUUAUCCUAUACUUACAAACAAAAGCAAAGCAGUAUUUUUAAAUGAAUUAAACACACAACUUCUGUUAUUUCUAAUUUGUUCAAUUCAACAUGGGAUACAUUGCAUACGUUAUUAUUUCAAUAAUAAUAAUAAUUAUAUUAUUCUACGUCAUUAAAUAUUUAAUAAAUAAAUUUCGAAAAUAUAACAUGGUGAAAAAAUAUCCAGGUCCUAAAGCUUAUCCUAUUAUUGGAAAUAUGUAUAUGUUUCUUGGUGAUUUGACAGAUGUAACUCGUAAAUUGAUACAAUUUACCACAAUCUAUUCUUCGCCUUGGCAACUCUGGAUAGGCUCAAAAUUACUUCUAGUCUUCGAUGAUCCUGAAAAUAUUAAAAUACUUUUAAAAAAUUCAAUAAAUCAAGAGAAAAAUUUCGUAUAUUACUUUGUUAAAUAUUCCUUAGGCGAUGGAUUAUUUACAGCGCCAGGAUCAUUAUGGAAAAUACAUCGAAGAAUAAUAGAUCCAAUAUUCAAUGCCAAAAUGGUUUCAUCUUAUAUGGAGUCAAUAAAUAAGAAUUCCAAAAGGCUAGUCAACAUUUUAGAAAUUACAAACGGAGAGAACGUAGAUUUCUCUCAUUACGUACAUUUAUGUACGUUGGACAUCAUAUAUGAUACCUUAUGGGAAUCUGAUUUAAAUUUGCAAAAUAACCCAGACUGCAAACUAGAUAAAUAUAUGACAGAAUCGUUAAAUAUAACUAUGGAGAGAAUCUCAAAAUUUUGGUUGUAUCCCAAUAUUAUAUUUAGGAAUUCAUCUUUAGGAAAGCGUUUUCAUGAAAAUGACUCAUACAUUAUGAAUCUAACAAACGAGAUUAUAAGGAAAAAAAAGGAGUCAAUAAAAGUAGAGAAAUUUUGCCGUGAAGGAUAUGGUCUACAUGCGAUAAAAUAUACGAGUCCAUUUCUUGACGCACUAUUUGAAUCAUUUUACAAUACAGGAGAAUAUUCGGAGGCGAAUAUUCGUGAUGAGAUAAAUACAUUUCUUUUUGCUGGAAGUGAUACUUCUGCUGGAACUCUUAAAUUUUUAUUUCUAAUGCUAGCAUCUUUUCCGGAAUUUCAAAAUGGUGUUUAUGAGGAGCUGUACGAUAUGUAUGGUUCAAGCGAUGUAAAUGAUGAUCCAAUUACAUACGAUGAUACUAAGAAAAUGUAUUAUUUGGAACGAGUCAUUAAAGAAACACUUCGUCUUUUUCCUCCUGCUCCAUUUAUUGGACGAAAAUUAUGUAAAAAUAUAAUAGUGAACGACAACAAUGUAAUACCAAAAAAUACUGAUGUACUUUUUGCAAUUUAUUCUAUCCACCGGAAUGAUAAAUAUUGGAAAGAUCCAUUAAGAUUUAAUCCUGAUCGUUUUCUUCCGGGAAAUUAUGAUCCGAAGUGUUUCAUCCCAUUCAGUUCUGGGAAGCGAGGAUGCAUAGGUAAAUUAUUUGCUAUGGCAGAAAUGAAAACUAUAGCUGCUAGUCUAUUGAGAAAAUUUAUUGUUAAAAUAGAUAAUCCAGUAUCAGCUGAAAAUGUUGGCUUAAAAAUAUCUAUUACUUUGGAACCAACUGAAACGAUACUCUUAAGAUUUAUCAGACGAUAAUAUUUAUUAUUUUUUUCAUUAUGUACUAUGUUCCAAAUAAAACAAUUGUGAAAGAAAGAAACUGUAUAUAUUCUACAACAGAUGAAUUGACAAGAAUUGAAGAUAUAUUACAGAUAUGAUCCUCUAAAUAGAGAUCUUCAAUUUUUCUAAUGCUUGAGUUUUAUGUAGAGACUAUGAAACUUCUUUACUUAUGAGAUGCGUGGAUAGUCUAGUGACCAGUCGAAGAACUAAAUUAUAUUAUUAAGUGUAUGUAUUGAGAUAAUAUGAGUCUACGCUUCAUAGUAUGCAAUCGCACACAAAUACACACAUCUACAACACUUAGUAGUCUGGAGUGGGAACUACGAAGCACUGCACAAAGAAGAGACCGAGAUAAUAAGAAACAAAUGCAUAUUGUCUUCUAUCUCAUUCUCUCGCAGGAUAAAUCCCAUAUAUUUUUUUCUCUUUCGAAAUAUUUCAUCGCAUUUUAUGUUACAGCUUUUCAUAGUUUUCAAAUCAUCCUGAUUCUAAAGAAGUUUUCACUUCACAAAAAAAAAAUGAAAAAUAAGAAAAAAAAUAAAUAUGAAAAAGAUGGAGUAGAACACUUUAUGCUAGAAUGAGAGAGAAAGAAGAAGAAGAAGAACGUUCGUUAGUAGAAUGCGUUCUGAGAAUUGGAUUUUAAUAGGCACGUAGUUUCACGUGGAACGUUUCGAGUCGUCGAAGGAAGAUUUUACGACUAACUCGUUUGAGCCUUUGAAGCCUCGGUACCGGCUAAGAAGAAAAAGAAGAACAAGAAAAAUAAGAAGAAGAAAAAGAUGAAGAUGAAGAAGAAGAAAGAUGAUGCUUUUUCAUAGACUAGUCCGAGUAAUUAAAAUUAAUGUGACACUAAUACCAACACGCGUCACAAUCUUUCAAAUAGUUGAAAAUGAACAUUAAAAAUUGUCUUCCAUGUAAAUGAAUAAAUCAAUUCGUUAAAGGAUAAAAUUCAAAAAC